AUAAAAAUCUUUGUUCGUUGUUUCUCGUCAUCUCUAUCUCUCUCUCUUUCGCUUUCACAUUCAGAAACGAAACCCAGAAGAAGAAAAAACUCGAGGGAUCAUCUAAAUCGAUUUUUUUUGGGGAUUUUGUUUUGAGAGGAAAAAAAGAUGAAUUUCAGAAGCUUUGAGGAGUUCUGGCCUUUCUACGUGAUGCAACAUUCGAAUCCAUCAACGAGGCGAUGGCACUUCAUAGGUAUAAUCGCGAGCCUUGUUGCUUUGUUGUGUUCGGUUUUGAUCAACUGGUGGUUCGUUGCUCUCGUGCCUCUCUUUGGUUACGGGUUCGCUUGGUACAGCCACUUCUUCGUGGAAGGAAAUGUUCCGGCGAGCUUUGUGCAUCAGGUUUGGUCGUUUCUAUGCGAUCUCAAGAUGUUUAGUCUGAUGCUCACAGGUAGUAUGGAGAGAGAGAUGAAGAGACUUGGUAAGAGGCCUUUGUUGCAGCUCUCUUGAAGAUCGAAGAUUUGUAUAUAUAUAUAUAUAUUGUUCUUCAUUCUUCCCAUUGCGAAUGAACUUGUGUUUGCGAACAAUAGAUCUUUGUAUCUUCUUUAGUUCAAAAAUGGACUCUCGACACAUUUAAGUAGUGCA